AAACGAGGUUACACAAUGGUUAUCGAUUGGCGUCGCCAACGAUGUUUUUUAUUUGGUUGAUAUACUUUUUCUUUCUUUGGACUGGAAAUAAUAAAACAAGUUGACUGCUUUUUCUAUAAUAGUAUGUGCCUUUAUAUAUAUAUAUAUAUAUAUAGAGAGAGAGAGAGAGAGAGAAACUACAAGUUAUCUACUAACCAACGAAUUGAGGAGGAAAUGAUGAAGGAUAUAGUUAUCCCUGGCUGACAGAAAUAGCUGAGAGAAAACAACUGUUCUGAUCCUCCUAUACAAUCCAAAGGCUUGAAAAACUUCUAUUGUUCAAUGUGUAUAUGGGAUAUCGAUGAUUCGGUUUCCUUAUCAACAGAAGCGUCUUACACAUGUGGUUGAACUUGUCAACCAAUAUUUUGUUUAUAAAGAAUCUUUGUUGACAAAAAGCACAAGCUCAAGAUAUUUCCAUGCUCUUAUAAAGUCCAAAACACUAAAGUGGGAAAGCUUGGUUGGGGUACAAAGACGUUUUCUGUCUUCUCACGAACUUGUGAGUCGUUCCCCUUGGUUGGAUAGUGCAGACUGGAAAAAAUGGUUAUCUUUUGCAGGACUACCUAAAGGAUUUGGAAGGUUUGGUGGAAAUAAAAAGGAACAACAGAAUAAGGAAGAAUCCAAAAGUGAAAAGGAAGAGUCAACAAACUGGAAAGGAAGUGAAGACAAGACAGAAAAGGAAGGAGGACAAGAACCUCCAACACCUCCACAACCAGAUUCUUAUUUAGUAAUACAACAAGUGCUAUUAGCACUUCUUAUUUUGGGUGUGUUGAGUGCCUUUAGUCGUUCAGAAGCUGCAAGAAAGGAAAUAGAUUUUCAGCAAUUUUUACAGGAUCUCUUGGAACCUGGUUUAGUAGAUUAUAUUGAAGUAGUCAACAAAUCUAUUGCAAGAGUUUAUGUGAAGGAACAUGAAGGUUUCUCCUCAAGUACUUCGGCUUAUGGAAAGGCUGGAGAAAGUGACGCACAAGUGGCCAAUGAAAUAUUCGAGCAAAAACAGAGAAGACAAGAACGAGUGGGUAUGAAUAGAAACCAACUCGAGUCUGUAAGCGAUGUUCGCUCUUUAGUUACUCCAAUUCCAAAAGGAAAACAUGCUCCGUAUUACUUUACCAUUGGCUCUGUAGAAGCUUUCGAAAACAAGUUGGAACAAAUUCAAGAAGACUUGGGAGUAUCUCCCAAUGAUUUCGUACCAGUUGUUUAUAGUUAUGAAGGAAACUUUUUGAAUGAGUUAUUCCGAGUAUUUCCUACUUUAUUAUUGUUGGGAUUGACCUUUAUGAUAUUUCGAGGUGGAAUGGGUUCGAGUGUAUCCAAUUCCAGUGGAAGAAAUAUUUUUCAAGUAGGUCGAGCUAAUCCAACCGUUAUUCGACCAGGAGAUAGAGGCAAAACUCCUAAAGUGACCUUUAAUGAUGUUGCUGGGUUGGACGAAGCUAAAGUAGAAAUCAUGGAAUUUGUUGAUUUUUUAAAAAAGCCCGAGAAAUAUCGUAGAUUAGGAGCCAAACUCCCGAAAGGUGCCUUGUUGGUUGGUCCUCCUGGAACAGGAAAGACUUUACUCGCAAAGGCUACUGCAGGAGAGGCUAGUGUUCCCUUCUUUUCGACAAGUGGUUCGGAUUUUAUUGAAAUGUUUGUGGGUGUUGGUCCAAGUCGAGUAAGGGAUCUCUUUGCACAAGCUAGAGCCAAUGCACCUUGUAUUGUGUUUAUUGAUGAAAUUGACGCUGUUGGACGUGCUCGAGGUCGAGGUGGCUUUGCUGGAGGAAAUGAUGAAAGAGAAAAUACACUCAAUGCUUUAUUAGUAGAAAUGGAUGGUUUUACAUCUUCCACAGGUGUUGUUGUAUUUGCUGGAACCAAUCGAGCGGAUAUCUUAGAUAAGGCUUUGUUACGACCAGGUCGUUUUGAUCGACAAGUUUUGAUAGAUAAACCCGAUAUUCGAGGAAGAUAUCAAAUAUUUUUAGUUCAUUUGAGACCUUUGAAACUUGCAGAUGAUGUGUCUACUAUUGCUAAACGUUUGGCUUCUCUUACUCCAGGAUUUACAGGUGCAGAUAUUGCCAAUAUUUGUAAUGAAGCUGCUUUGAUUGCCGCUCGAGACAAUCGUAGUCAAGUGGGUAUGUCUGAUUUUGAGGCAGCCACUGAUCGAGUUAUCGGGGGAUUGGAAAAGAAGAAUAAAGUCAUUUCUAGAGAAGAAAGAGAGACGGUUGCUCAUCAUGAGGCAGGUCAUGCAGUCGCUGCGUGGUUUUUACCACACGCUGAACCACUAUUGAAGGUUUCUAUUGUUCCUCGUGGACAAGCUGCGUUAGGCUUUGCACAAUAUUUACCCAAAGAACGAUAUAUUACUAGUAAGGAACAAUUAAGUGACUAUAUGGUUAUGGCAUUGGGUGGUAGAGUAGCGGAACAACUUUUAUUCCAUCAAAUCACUACUGGAGCUCAAGAUGAUUUGGACAAAGUUACCAAGUCGGCGUAUGCUCAAGUGGCAGUUUAUGGCAUGUCACGUAUAUUGGGACCAGUUUCAUAUAGUGGGAAUUCCUCAAGUGAAGAAAAUGCAUUUGAAAAGCCCUACAGCGAAGAAACAGCAGAAAUGAUCGAUGACCAAGUCAAGUUACUCGUAGAUGAAGCAUACAAACGUUGUGAGAAACUAUUGAAUGAACAUAUUGGUCAAGUGAAAGCACUUGCUGCUAGAUUAUUGGAGAAGGAAGUAGUUCGUGAAGAUGAUCUUGUAGAAAUUUUAGGUCCUCGUCCUUAUGCCAAGCUUACUGAUUAUGAUAGUUUUGUCAAAGAUUAUGAGAACGAUCGUCGAAGGAGGAUAUCCACGGAAGAUGGCCCAUCCAAUGCAUCCAAAAAGGAUGAAGAGGAGGAAGAUGAUUCUUCUUCAGAAGGUGGAAAUAAGAAAGGCCGUCAUCCUCCUGAUGGAUUUGUACCAGAAUUGGCAUAGUUGAGUAUCAAUCAAACAUAAUAAAUGCAUAUAUAAAUAAAUUCAUGGAAGAAUUGUUUUCCUUGGGACAAUUUUUGGCGGGCGAAUCAUUUUGAA